AUGUCUGAUAAUGAACCUACAGCUACAGGGGAAGAAGAAGAAGAAAUUCCGAUACAAGAAGCACCGGUGGCAGAAGAAAUAGAAGAGGAGGAUGAAGAAGAAGAAGAAUCUCUUCUUACCGAAUAUGAUCCAGAUGACUUCUUAUCAAGUGCCGUCAAUAGCUUGGACUCAACGAUACCACUUGAUUUGUUCGAAUUUAAAUAUUCUUAUGGUUACAACUGUCUCAAGUACUUCAAUUUAUGUGCCUGUGAUGAGAGUGUAGUAUGCUGGGCAGCCGGCAGCAUUAUAAGCUUUAUGGAUGUCUACACAAAACAAACUUGGUUCCGGAGGAGCACUACUGGUGGAUCUAUAGGGAAUAUUACAUCUUAUAGGAAGGACCCAAAUUAUCGCAUAGCAGUAGCUGAAGGAAGAGAAGGAUAUCGGGAUCCUUUAAUACUACUAUACACUUGGCCACAAAUGGAUAUAGAUGCGGUGCUUAGAGAUGGCACAACUAAUGCUUAUUCCAUCUUAGACUUUAGUCCCGAUGGCGAACUUUUGGCUUCUGUAGGCAAGGAACCAGACUAUAAUAUUACAAUAUGGAACUGGAAACGGCACCGUAUUUUGCUUCGCACUAGUGCUUUUACAUUCGAUGUAAACACCGUCAUGUUUUCACCAUAUUGCCCCGGACAACUCACUACAGCAGGUGCUGCUCACAUAAAAUUUUGGAAAAUGGCUGAAACAUUCACAGGUUUGAAGUUAAAAGGUGAACUAGGCCGAUUUGGUAAAACAGAGAUUUGUGACGUUCUUGGAGUUUAUCCAAUGCCAGAUGAAAAAGUAUUAUCGGGAUGUGAAUGGGGCAAUAUUUUGGUAUGGGAAGCUGGACUAGUUAAACUAGAAGUCACACAACGUGGUAGAAAAUCAUGUCACAAAGCUCCUGUGAUCCAGUUCAUGUUGAGUACAGUGGGUGACGAAGUAACAACCAUAUCCCGCGAUGGAUGUAUUCGAGCUUGGUAUUGGGAUACAGUGGAGCAAGCCGAUCCGCCUGAAGAUGAUCCUUACAUUGAAUUAAAUCCUGUUGCUGAAACUUGCGUACCUAAUUGUCAAAUAAUGUGUCUCAAACACCAAAAAAAUAUGUAUUGGUACGCGCAGGACGGCAAUGGUGGUAUAUGGACAGUGGAGGUUGAAAUAGAUAAAAUCGAAUGCAACCACAGCAAGGUGAUGACAUGUCACGCUGGCGGAAUAGUCUCGAUGGCUGCACUUAGAACUCACCCGAUCUUAAUUACAGCCGGCGAAGAUGGUGCAUUGCAAGCAUAUAAUACUGAUACACAUAAAUUAUUAGCUCGUUACCAUUUCCCUUCGCCUAUUACGUGCUUGCUUUAUCCACCUGUGGAUGUCGAUGACACUUCGCGUAUCUUGUUGGUGGGUUUUGCUGAUGGAAUAAUGCGAACUCUUUUGUUACACCCGGAACGCCUGCAAGCACAAACCAGUAUGAUAAACAUUCGUAUACAUUCCGCCCUCAGUAUCCACAGCGAAGAUUCUCUUAACGUCGACGCCAUGGACUUGAUUUCGUUACUAAAACCUCAUUCGAAGGCUCUCACCCAAAUAACAUUAAAUGAACAACGCACUCUGUUAGUCACUUGCGGCGAAGAUACGACUAUAUUCCUCUACAAACUUGAAACAGGUACACCGUUCACCUUACACCAACUUGGUUUCAUUGAAACCCCCAACAACAUAGCCUACAUGACGUGGAAACCCGGAGAGGAAAGAGUAUUGCUACUAUGUGGACAAGUUGGUUUGCUAAUGGAAACUGUACUUCCGGAUGUCCCUAUUCGCAAGUACACUGACAUCACAACUUUUAAACUGCACUUCGAAUCGUACAAGGAAACACUAGUGAAAAAGCAUUUUAUGCGGUAUCGUCCUUUUCCUACGGAGGAAGAACUCGCAAGUAUAGACGAAGAGACUUUAAAAGCUAAAGACAAUACAGCAAAAGAAGAAGAUGAAGAAGAGGAGUGGCUCGGAGAAAUAGAGCUAAUGGAAAAUGAAAGUAUGCUAGGAACCACUAUUACUUGGGCUCAAUAUUGCGAUGAAGGCAUCUGGAUAGUGCAACGUGGUACGGGCGCUCUUCUAUUAGUGAAGCCGGGAGUUAAUAAAGUUAUUAAAUAUGGGCCAUUUCCAGGAGCGUGGUGUGACGAUAUUACUUUCCUGAAAUUUGUAUGUGAAGGCCGGUACCUUGUCAUCGGUACAAACACGGGAUAUAUUCGCGUAGUACGGAUGCCUACAAAAGAAGAAGAUACCCCAGAACAUCAUUAUUUGACUUGGAUGACGGCAACACAAAAACUACUCAAGAAACUUAAAGGAAGACGAUUAGCUAAGGAAGAGGCUCAGCCUACAUCACGUCUGGAUUUUUUCGACAAUUACUAUUUACCUAUGCAUGACCGAUAUACUGGUUCUGUAACAUGUCUAGAAUUUAGUGCUGACGGGAAGUUAUUAUAUAGUUGCGGUUCAGAUGGAAAUAUAUUUUCCUUCAAAAUAAAUUUUACGGAGCCUUUAUUACCGUCUCCGUUAUUGCCAAAACAACUUGAAACAGAACCGCCAAAAAUAGUUAAAAUUAAAGAACCAAGUACACUUGAAGGCGAAUUAAUGUCACACGAACAAUUAAAACAAAAGGAGGAGUACGACAAGAUGAUGGCCAUUGCUAAUGCACAUAAAAAACGUGUCCGCGAUCAGCUAGUCGAACUUACUUCUGAAUACAAUAAACUCGUCAAAGCGAACCGAUUAUUGCCAUAUUCUCAACAAAUUGAUAUAACUCUUGACACACGUCCAUUAGCAAUACAAGAACAAGAGUUAAAUGAAGCUAAAGCACUCACGAGAAGAAAACUUGCUCACCAGCUGGAAGCCUCUGAUUUGGCCUUGCACAAAAUGUACUCUAGAAAUAUUGUACAACUGGAUGUUUACCCUUUUACAUUGAAAGCUAUCAGGGAUCCUAAAGUCAUGAUACGACCCUUGCGGCAAAAAAAUCUGUCGAAAGCUUUUCAUGAUCAACUAGAAGAAGUUUAUCAAAAAAUGGCAGAAGCAGCUUCACGUGGAAGACGAACUGAAUCUACCACUCGCCGAGUAGCUGCUAGGAAGUCGUCAUGGGGCCCGCCACGAGUUGCAUCAUUCUUAUUGGGACUGCCUCCUCGACCACCACAUCCUUUAAAGAAAGCUUUGAGAAAUUAUCGGCAACGUUUACACCGACAUCACUUCCAAUUUAUUGAGUGGCAAGAACAUCUUUCACGUAAACCAGACCCGCAUGCCUUACCUCCAGGAGCAGCAGAAGCAUUAAAAGAAGCUGAAGCCACUAUAGGCAACCGUCUGCUCAAGACUCAACCCGACUAUGUGGCACCCCCUAGCCAUAACACUCAAUUGCAUAUUUGUCUUACAAGAAAAGAGAUUUAUGAAAAUAAACAUGCAUUCAACGUCAAGGUUUUAGAACUUCGGGAACACAAAGUACGGCUGGUGACACAAAUGAAGAAGAUCGGCGAGAGAUUAAGCGAAAUUCGAGCAGAAAUACCGCAACGGCAGGUGAAACCACCACCGUUGGUGCCACACAUUGACGAUGACCUCGAAUUCCCUGAAAAAAAUCUCGAAAUAAAAUUAGAAUCUGCACAAGUUCCCACUACUAGGGCACUAAGCAAGAAGUCGGUGAUACAAGAACGCAGGAAGUCCACUCUUUAUCCACAACCACGUGUUCGACAACAGCGAAUACCUAGAUUUGUGCCAGUUACUGAAUCACAGCCACUAGUUGCCUCGUGGGAACUAUUGAAACCAAGACCAGAUCAAGAAUUUUCGAACCUCGAAAUUGAAAUACGAGAUCGACGCAUUGAAAGACACCUCUACGAGCAAGACAUGCUGCUAGCAGAUGCCGAAAUCGCAGUACAACAAUUCGACUCACGUUUGCGACAAUUGCAACGCGAACGAAUUCGUGUACAGGAGCAUAAUCAGUUGCUUGAAUUGCACCUAUAUCAAUUACAUAGAGAGAUGAACGUUUUGAAUCGUUUCGAAGCUCAUGAAGAUAAACUAGCCGAAAGGGUUUAUGUUAAACUUAUGCAGGUUCGAGGUGUACAGGAUCAAAUAAUGGACUGCGAGCACCGUAUUGAAGAACAUUUUGCCAAUAAAGAAACCUUGGAUCUCGAAUGCCAAGAGCUGCAGAGACAGUUUAAACGUCUCAUCCAAGAUAACAAGUUCGCUGACUUCCUGCGGAGAAUAUUCAAGAAGAAAUACAAACCGCCUCGAGAUCGCGAUGAAGAUGAGUCUUCUGAAUCGGAGUCGUCAUCAUCAUCAAGUGAAGAAGAGGAUGAAGGCAGUUUAGACAGUCGCGACAUUGGUCCUAUUCGACUUGAUCCCAAUAUAUGUCCGGAAGGUUGCGACAAAGACGUCUAUGAUAAAACUUACGAAUUAAGGAACAUCAGACAUAAACAUGAGCAAGAAAUGUUAGAACAAGACCAGUUAGUGGAACUUUUGAAAAGGGACAUCGAAGCUCAUAAUAAAGUGAAGCGUAAACUCAGCGUGCAACUCGAUAAGAGGAAGAAUGAACUAAAAGAAUUCAUGAUGGAGAAACAAAGUUGCUUGAACGACGUUGACCAAGUAAUAGUACUCCGGUAUGAUCAGAUCAGAGCAUCUGCAUUGCGCGGGUGCACUGGCCCCCAGGGGCUGUCAAACACUGUAGUAUUUCCCGAACAAAUGUUAGCAAGAUUACGCAAACGCGUACUCGAGUUGCAGGAUGAAAUUAAACAACAGAAACAGAGACAAAAGGUCAACCGCACUCACUUAUUCCGCAUGAAUGUAGACCUUCGCGAGAUGGAAGCGCAAGCGCAACAACUUCGUGCGCAAAUGCGCGACGUACUGACGCGUAAGCUUGGGCGGCCGCGGCGCGUCGACCGGACACUCGACGACCUAUUGCGGCAGAUGGCCCGCCGGCACAAGUUUUCAGCUACUUUAGGCGCACUGCCACAGAUUUUAGAUCAGUUGCAACAGUGGCGGAAACGUCACAGUGAACUAGAAAAGAAAUAUUUACAAGUACUGAAUCAUUAUUCUGAACGUUUACGACUUGCUGCUGCCUUGCAAGCCGAUGUUUUGCCACAAAAACCUCAAAAAAACCCAUCAGUUAUGGUGGGAGGUUACAAUCCAGAACAGUAUCAACGCGAUGUUGUACGCCUACGUAUCAUCCGCUCUCAACAAAUGCAACAGAUCAAGGCACUACGCGAUGAAAUCCAAGAUCUUCGAUUGAAACCUCUAUCACAGACCACUCCGCCACCCGUAUCCGCUCAACCGGAAUCCGAGCGCUCUGAGAUAUACCUAAGUAUGAUUCCUCACGUCAGUAGACAACCGAAACGUAAAUACUUCCCAAUCACACCAUUAGGAUCACAGGUCAAGAUGGUGUACGAUAUUAACGUAAUGAAAUUACUAUACGACUGCUUGGAUGCUAUGCGUGUGACGCGCGACGAUGCAGAUCAAUUGUUGCACGAGCUCACAUCCGAACUACCAGACGUGCUCGCAGGAACUAAGUCUCGUUUCGAAGUAGUGGACAUGUUGGUUCGCAAAUGGCUCUUAAAGUAUGGAGGAGACCCCAGUCAGUACAAAAAACAAACGCGCGCUUUUGAUGCGCUUGCUACUUUAGCUGACCGGCUGAUCAGACAACACGUUGAGGCGAUGGAAGGCGCAGGAAGCAAUACUCAUCAAGUGAUGGAAUCUUUAGAGGAAGCACUUAAAGACAUAUCGGAUGUAAAACAACCUCUACAUGAACGUUUGGGGCCUGCCAUCGCAUCCUUAUUCCAUACUACCCAGUCUACCGAUUUAGAAACUGAAGAGACGAUGACAGCGCUUGUGAACUCACUUGUCGACGAAGAACAUCCUAUCACUUCUGAAUCUAUAAAGCAAAUAGAAGUCAUCAAUGUUAUAGAAGAUAUAAAAGACUGUGGUGUUCAAGUCCCAAAUGAGGAACUAGAACAUAUAGUACAGCUGGCUAUAGAGUGUCUUCGAGCUCAAUUACUUGGACCUGAAGAGAUGGAGCAACUUGAAAUCGAAAUGGAGAAAACUAUUUCUGUCGAAACGAAAUUAACUUCAAGUCGCAGCCGUCGCACUGAUGAAGACUAAUAAAGUAUAGACAUAAAACUAAUAAUUACAUAUCUGCCAUACUUACUAUUUUCAAUUGUUAUUCUUAUGCAUAUCGAUACGGAUGAAACGCCUAUGGUGUGAAGUACAAUUAGAUAUUAUCUGCUAUUAGGCCAACGCUCAUGGCAAAGGUUUUAUAGGCAUCAUUAUUUAUAGCACUCCUUGUAAUCUUUAGAUGAAAAUGAAACUAUAGUUGUACGGUACAUACGACAUCACAUGGCAAUACAUGAUAAUUAGCUACGGAACCUGUGACAGUAAUUUUCUACAAUGCUAGCGAUACGAUAAAUAAUACGAGUACCUCUGUUCAUGUUAAUACUAUAUACAUAGGUACCUAAUGUUUAAUGUUAUUCAUACCGUUUGAUCGUGCUCCCAGGUUUCAAUAAUAGACAAGUAUGGUUAAUCAUCAUCUUCUUAUCCCAAUUAUUAUUUGGGACCGGCAUAAUAUGGUUUUAUCCAUAUUAUUAAAAGAUUUGUUUUUUGGUAAUAAUAAGGUUAAUACCUAUUUUAAAUAGAUUAGUUCAAUAUAAAGUUUCCUCAGGUAAAAACUUGUUCUUUUAAGUACCUACUGUUAGCUACUAUAGACGUAAUAAUAAUGUUAAA